AUGACUGCGGGCUCAGCCUCCGCCCCGCCCGCUUCCCCGCGCAGCUGCCGCCUGUCGCCUCCCGGGGUUGCGGAGUGCCGGGCCGGCGAGCGUCUCCGCGCUGCGCGCUCCCUCUGCCUCGCGAGCUGCGCCAGGCGGGCGCCGCGGCGGCCCCGGCCGGAGAAAGCGAAACCAAAGCGAGAUUCCCACUCCCCUCCGGCCGGCCGGGUGCAAGCGGGGCCGCUCUCGCCCAGUCGCGGAGCCGGGAGCCGGGCCCCUCUGCUGGGCCGCGGGCGCCCGAGGGUCCCGGGUCUUCCGGCAGCUCCGCCGGCGCCCCUCCGUCUCUCCCUCCUUCCUUCUCAUCCGGUCGCCGGCCGCCCGGCCUCGGAGAGGUGCGCGGAAUGGGCAGGUGCUGCUUCUACGCGGUGGGGACGCUGUCCCUGCUGUUGCUGGUGACCAGCAUCACGCUGCUGGUGGCCCGAGUCUUCCAGAAGGCCGUGGACCAGACGAUCGAGAAGAAUAUCGUGUUAAGGAACGGUUCCGAGACCUUUGACUCCUGGAAGAAGCCCCCUCUGCCUGUGUACACCCAGUUCUAUUUCUUCAAUGUCACCAAUCCAGAGGAGAUCCUCAACGGGGAGACCCCUCGGUUGGAAGAAGUGGGACCAUACACUUACAGGGAACUCAGAAACAAGGACGAUAUUCAAUUUGGAGAUAAUGGAACAACGAUAUCCGCUGUGAGCAACAAGGCCUAUGUUUUUGAACGAGACAAAUCUGUUGGAGACCCAAAAAUUGACUUACUUAGAACAUUAAAUAUUCCUGCAUUGACCGCCAUGGAAUGGACCCAGCUGCCCUUACUUCGGGAUAUCAUCGAGGCCCUGCUGAGGGCCUAUCAGCAGAAGCUCUUUGUGACCCACACGGUGGAUGAACUGCUCUGGGGUUACAAAGAUGAAAUCUUAUCCCUCAUCAACACUUUCAAACACGACGUCUCUCCCUAUUUUGGCCUGUUUUAUGGGAAAAAUGGGACUAAUGAUGGAGACUAUGUUUUUCUAACUGGAGAAGACAAUUACCUUAACUUUUCCAAGAUUGUGGAAUGGAAUGGGAAAACGUCGCUUGACUGGUGGACAGCAGAUGAGUGCAAUAUGAUCAACGGAACAGAUGGAGACACUUUUCACCCAUUAAUCACCAAAGAUGAAGUCCUUUAUGUCUUCCCAUCUGAUUUUUGCAGGUCAGUGUAUAUAACUUUCAGUGACUUUGAGAGUGUCCAGGGACUGCCUGCCUUGCGGUAUAAGGUGCCUGCAGAAAUAUUAGCCAAUACCUCAGACAACGCUGGCUUCUGUAUACCUAAAGGAAACUGCCUGGGCUCAGGAGUUUUGAAUGUCAGCGUCUGCAAGAAUGGUGCACCUAUUAUUAUGUCUUUCCCACACUUCUACCAGGCAGAUGAAAAGUUUGUCUCUGCCAUUGGAGGCAUGCAUCCAAAUAAGGAAUAUCAUGAGACGUUUGUGGACAUCAAUCCCUUGACUGGAAUUAUCCUAAGAGCAGCCAAGAGGUUCCAAAUCAACGUUUAUGUCAGAAAAUUAGAUGACUUCAUUGAAACAGGAAACAUUCAAACCCUGGUUUUCCCAGUGAUGUAUAUCAAUGAGAGUGUUCUCAUUGAUAAAGAGACUGCAAGUCGACUGAAGUCUGUGAUUAACACUACCCUGAUUGUCACCAACAUACCCUACAUUAUCAUGGCGCUGGGUGUGUUCUUUGGUCUGAUCUUCACCUGGCUUGCGUGCAGAGGACAGGGAUCCACAGAUGAGGGACGGGUACUGCUCCAGUGUCAGGGUGAGGGUGUUAGAGCAGGCCUCCUGGAGAGGAUUAGAGCUGAAAGUUAAAGAAGGAACAGGAGGAAGCAGGCCAAGAGAAGGGAACUGCAGACGAAAGAGCGCCCCUCAUACGAACCUAGUCAGACCGUGAGCCGUGCUUGGGGAAGGAAGCAUGCGCACUGUUGUGACCUGGGCCACGAUGACAUGGGGCAACCGUCUGUGUCCUCACGGGCUUGUCGCCUGGUGAGACAGGAGGAGGGCACCCUGUGCCGGCGUGUGACGAGCACCUUCCAGCAGAGGUUCAGGAACAGGCUGACCUAGUUGGCCGUUAGGAUCCUGUGGUCCCUGACAGAUUGUUUUGUUUUUCGUGUGUCUAGCAAGUAUUUAAUAAACGCUUGUAAUUUUUUGUUAUUGUUGGGUGCUGGUAGCUCCAAAAUUUUGUGACCACUGUCGUGGUUAUAAUGUCUUUGCAUCACUUGUUAAUGCUACUAGGUCUAACCUUAUUCAGUACUCUUCAUUCACCAGACUUUGUGCUCAGAAUACAUAAAUAUUACUUUAUGUUGUAUUCCUCCAUUCAUUUCAUCCACCAAACAGAAGUAAAUAAGAGUUCGGAAUGCAGGGUAAAAUGGUAAACAUCAUUCAGUAGUAUUCAAAUGCAUUUAAUUUCCUCUUUUGAAAAAGUACAUAUUGCCUUUCUUGCGAAUCUUCAUUUCAUAAUUCCUCCAGGAUAAUAAUUCAGUCUUUUGACCAACUUUCACCCAGGAUAGGGAUAAGUGGGGAAGGGCUUGUUGGGGUGGUCCCCAUGAGUUGAUAGUGACAAGCACCUGAGAAUUUUUGACUUGUACUUUUGUAAAUUGAAAGAAUGCAUAAAUAAUGUUGGUGAGGACAAGUACAGAUAUUUCAUGUAGAAUAGAGUGCUAGUUAUGACUUUUGUGGGUAGUUUGUUUCUUUUUUUUAUAGUCAGAAUGAUCUUGAUGUGGAAAGGUGUUUCUGGGAAAAUGUAAUCAGUAACUGAUUUUUUCCCCCCGAACCACCCUUACCAAAAUGACUGUAUUAACUACAAUACUGUUGAGUGAUUAUUUGUAAAAUUAUUUAUCAAUAUAGGAACUCCAUCUAUCCACAACCUAACUUACACUUAAAUUUCAGGAAGUCUUACUGCACUAAAUACACAUUUCUUCUGGGGCAGUCUUCUUGGUAACUCUGAAAUUGUUUUUGAGUUGUUCUCACCUCAGAUUCAGUUCCUUCUGAUGUUUUGUGGCUCACUGUCACUCACUGAGUAGAGAAAAAUGUGCCCUGUGCUUCCUGUGACAAUCGUUUUGCUGACAGAGUGAUGGUGUUUUAAAAUAUUGCACAGGAAGUACUUUUAAGAAAGGUUGCUUGGUGUCAAAAGCAGAGCCACCUGUCUGCAGAAGAUCUCUUGACUCUCAAUGUAACCUGAGUCAGGAUUGAAAACCAUCCAUUGUCACAGAAUUCAAGCAUAUUUAAGGGCAGUUUCUCUGAUUCUUAAUGCUCACCAUUCAUUUUGGAUUGAGAAACUUGUAUAGUUAAUCUGGCAGACCGCACAGAGAACUUCUCAACAAUUGAAUCAUUCUGCAGGAUUUUUUUUGUUUAAAAUGGGAUUUCAGUGUAAGCAAAUGAGGGAAAAAAGCCACAGAUUUCACAAAUAUAGCUUCUUAUCCCUGUGUGGAGGCAAUAAAUCAUUUCCUCGCCCCAAUUUUCCUACCCUCUACACUAAAGCAAUAUGUAAUGUUUCCCUUUUUUGAAGGAGCAAUUCAUUAAACUCUCAGUUUCUCUAUAAAUUAAGAUGGAACCUAUAGAUACCCCAAAUCACCAAAAUGUGAGAUGCUAAAUUGAAGUUAUUUUGUCUUUAGUAAUGCCAAGUAUCUAGAUGUUUUAAUUCAUCAACAUUUAACUAAAUAAUUGGUACAUCUUAUUGUUAUGCACCCACUUAUUCACACAAAUAAAACUGAUAAGUCAGUGCAUACCCAUUGAUUCAUUCUAUUAUCAAGAUAUAAUCAUCUGAGAUGACAUUUUUAAAUACUAUGAUAACAGUUAAAGAUGUACACGUUUUGACUGAAUCCCACACAGCCAGGGACCCCAAACCAUAUUAUUUUCAUAUGAUUCUUAAUAGUUACUUGGCUUAAAAAAAAUCACAUUUGAUAUUUUCCUCCUAAAAAAUCUGUGGCAAACCCAUACGCUGCAGUUAAGAUUAUAGAUUGGUUAAGAACGAAUGUACCUAUUUGGUUUUUGGUUGAAAAUAACAAACAGUUCCUCAUGAUCAUUUUUGUGGAGCUAUUAUCCUAGACAGGCUCCCAAAAUCUUUGUAAUUGUCACAAUCAAAGAAUACCAUGUCCUGUACUAUGAUGCUCAAUUUACAGAGAAACCCAACAGAGAGAGGUUACCUCCCUUCUCUCGAGGAAAACUGGGAGUUAAACACAGGACAGGAAAUGCCACUUCCACUCCAGGCUUCUCCCACUAGACUUUAUUCUAGAAAGAUCACUAAUGAUCAAGCAGGGCAGGUACUACACAACUAACUUCUAUUGGGGUUUUUACUUAAGAGAGACUAAUUCUUUAUUUCAGUUGCUUGAAAUGAGAGUUCUGUAAAAGGUGACCUCCAUCCUCGGCCCUCUGGGCACUAUCACUGGGAUUGAUUACUUGUGACUAUUAAAGAGAAUGCUGCCCAGAAUGUUCUUCCUGUAGUUUAUACUGCUGGUUCCUUUCAUGUGAUUCUUGACAUGUGUAUUUCUACCCUUAAUGCAAUGGAAUAUUUCACUAAUAAAAAACUUUCUAUGAAA